ACUGUCCAGCUCCCAAGGGAACCACAUCCAGGGAUCAGCUCUGUCCAGCGCGGUGGCGCCUCGGAGCCCGCCCAGCUGAGCCCGCAGCAUGUGGAACGCUACGCCCAGCGAGGAGCCGGAGCCCAACAGCACGCUGGCCGACCCCGACUGGGACGUUCCCGCCAACAACGACUCCCUGGCCGCCGAGCUGCUGCCGCUCUUCCCCGCGCCGCUGCUGGCGGGCGUCACAGCCACCUGCGUGGCCCUCUUCGUGGUGGGCGUCGCGGGCAACCUGCUCACCAUGCUGGUGGUGUCGCGCUUUCGCGAGUUGCGCACGACCACCAACCUCUACCUGUCCAGCAUGGCCUUCUCCGACCUGCUCAUCUUCCUCUGCAUGCCCCUCGACCUCGUCCGCCUCUGGCAGUACCGCCCCUGGAACUUCGGCGACCUGCUCUGCAAACUCUUCCAGUUCGUCAGCGAGAGCUGCACCUACGCCUCGGUGCUCACCAUCACCGCGCUGAGCGUGGAGCGCUACUUCGCCAUCUGCUUCCCGCUGCGGGCCAAGGUGGUGGUCACCAAGGGCCGGGUGAAGCUGGUCAUUCUGGUCAUCUGGGCCGUGGCCUUCUGCAGCGCCGGGCCCAUCUUUGUGCUCGUCGGGGUGGAGCACGAGAAUGGCACCGACCCUCGGGACACCAACGAGUGCCGCCCCACGGAGUUCGCGGUGCGCUCCGGGCUGCUCACGGUCAUGGUGUGGGUGUCCAGCGUCUUCUUCUUCCUGCCUGUCUUCUGCCUCACUGUCCUCUACAGCCUCAUCGGCAGGAAGCUGUGGCGAAGGAGGCGCGGCGAUGCGGCGGUGGGCUCCUCGCUCCGGGACCAGAACCACAAGCAAACCGUGAAAAUGCUGGCUGUGGUGGUGUUUGCUUUCAUCCUCUGCUGGCUACCCUUCCAUGUAGGAAGAUAUUUAUUUUCCAAAUCUUUUGAGCCUGGGUCCCUGGAAAUUGCUCAGAUCAGCCAGUACUGCAACCUGGUGUCAUUUGUCCUCUUCUACCUCAGUGCUGCCAUCAAUCCCAUCCUGUACAACAUCAUGUCCAAGAAGUACAGAGUGGCGGUAUUCAAACUUCUGGGAUUUGAAUCCUUCUCCCAGAGAAAGCUCUCCACUCUGAAAGACGAAAGCUCUAGAGCCUGGACAAAGUCAAGCAUUAACACAUGACCAAACAUAUUGCUGAACACAGUCAUCGCUUAUUAUUCGAAAUGGAAGCCAUAGCACAGCAGACUUGGGAAGAAGCUGAAGGUCAAUAUGGGGAUUAGGGACACACUGAUCUAGAAGCCAUUGGGGGAAAUAAAAGACAGAACCUGUAGGGUAUGAGCAGUUUGAUUCGACUGCACACCUUCACUUCCUUCAUACACUCUUCCUGCAUUCCCGCUGCCUAUAAUUUCAUGUUCUGCUGCUGGUGCUCAUGAGGACUUUGCAAUUCAGAGAAAGGGGGAGCUGCAGAGGGGGCAUUUAGGGUCCUGCUUGGUGGGUAGAUUUAAAUUUUGCUUUCCCACACCGAUCAAAAUUAUUUAACUAAAAGAAUAACAUUGAAAUAAAAAAUUGAAAACACGAUUUAUAAAACAUAACAAUUUUUUAAAAGCUCAAGAGUAGUGCGGCCUAAGAGACACAGUGCAAAGCAGAUAAGUAAUAUCAAUAUAAAAUGAUUAAUGAGAGCUUGACAUUCUUUUUUCACAGUAAGUCUUUUUAACACCCAACUUAUGGCCAAGCUGGACAUUAAGUUUUAUCAGUAAUACCUGAUGUAUUUAGAUUUCAUAAAGUUUAAGAGUAAAAAAGUAGAUUCAACAACUUAAGUGUAGAUUCAACAAUUUAAGUUAAAAAUUCUCAUAGUUAAAACAGAUUUUUGAACCUAGAAUUAGUUAACCACUCAGUUCUUCAGUUGUAUUAAGCACAUCUCAAGUAUUCAGCAGCCGAAUGUGUUUAGAGGUGACUGUACUGAACAGAGCAGGUCUAGAGUAUAUACAAAAUUAUCAACAAUCUUAUAUACAGUGUUUGAAAAUAAAUACGCUUUACCUUGUUUUAUAGUGAAUUGGCAUUGCAGAAGUUUGAAUGAUGAAUUCUAAAAAUCACACUUGAAUGCCCUAUUGUUCAUGCUUUGAAUGGAAUGGAAUAGAAUGUAUAAGAUGCAUUUAAAGAUAUCUAAUUACAUAUUAAGCAUUCAGGAAAUGAUAUUUCAUAAAAACCAUAGACACUCCCAAACCAUCUUAUUUGGCUUAACAAAAGUACUUAAGCCAAUUAUAAGACUGGUUUGUGAAUGAAAGAAUAAUUAUGACAGGACACUGAAUGAACACAGAAGUGUUUCAAAUGGUUAAGGCAGGUCCACGUGAAAGACUCAGAAUAUCACAAAUGCUACUGCUUAUUGACAUUCAAGCCUUGUAAAUCUCACAGUCAGUUAUUUCAAAAUGUCUAUGCUAUGUCUUGUCUGAAAACUAGUUUUGUUGUUUACAUUCCACUGCUUAUCUGAUACAUAAGUUUACUUGAAUACCUAGUCUCCCUCUUAAUCAUAAUUAAGGAGUAGGUAGCUUCAACUAAAUAUUGUACAUUUGGUUAGAAAGAUAAGAUUUUCAUUUAUAUUGGCAUCUCUCCCUAUGUAGUCAGUCCUUUGCAUUUAAAUAUACUGUUCUAAAAUUGAUUUCUUUAUAAUCCUGUGCAAUACUAAGUCAUAUAAGCAGUUUCUACAUAAAUGUAUUGCUUUAACUAUGGAAUUAAUGAGGCCAUUUUAGGAAAUUACUGCCAUGAUUAUUUUUCAUCCACCAAAAGGAAAGAUUAUCAUGGUGAAAAAAUUAACUGAUAUAAUUUAUUUUGGAAACAUCAAGACAAUAAUAAUUAAAAUUAUUUCUCUGGAGAAAUACUUCUAAAAUCCAUUUGGACACUAGAACUGCACCAUCUAUUUGAUCUAAAUGCAGAACUUUAACAAGCUGAUUACUCAGUUAAUUCUUAGGAGUACAUCACUGUUUUUAAAAAGUACACUGAUACAUUUAACUCCAUGAGAACAAAUCCAGCUUCUAAUGAACUGCUCAUCUUCCUUGCUGGCCAAUACCCCUCUUUUGUGGGUGUGUGCCUGUAGUCUUGGCCUAACUCAUUUUGAGGGAAUACUUUUUUUUCAGCAAGGACCACCAUUGUCCUUCACUGGUCAGUCUGGGAGCUCAAAGGAUAUAUUUAGAGAAAGGGAUCUUGGCAUUUGUCCUCUCAAACCAUUGUUUCUUCACACAUUGUAACUUCUUUAUAUUAUUAUUUUCCAUAUAUUGUUUAAUACUCAGGGAAAAGAGGAAAUCACUCUGAGAGAAAUUGUUUCUAAGUCUGUCAUUUCACAAACAUUUAGUAUAAGUAUGCUAUUUAAUAAGCCAAUGAUUUUCUUUAUCCUUAGUGAACUCACAAUUAUUUAAAUGUUAUGUUGUUGUAGUUAACUGAUAAAUAUCUUUAAAUUAAGAGGUAAACGUCUCCAGUUGGAAUGGUAUCAAAUGGCUCCCCAGUGUUUCAAAGGGUUGUUCAUCCAGCCGUGUUGUGUAUUUGUCUCCAAAUGAAUUUCAACUGGACUGUUCCUAGGUGAACCUGUAUAAUUUGCAGGCAAACUUUAAAGGAUUCUCAUUAAUGUAGGGAAAGUAAGGAAGUAAGUUUUUUAAAAAUAAUCUUCCUGUGUUUCCAUUUUCCUGGUUAUGUACCAUUUCCUUUCCCCCACUUUAUACUGUCUCAAUAUCAUGGAUUGGGCUGUUUUUUCUGCAGCAAAUAACUUUUGCCUGAGCAACAGUUACUUUAAUUUUCUAAUAAUUAAAGAAAACAUUUAUGCUGUGAGUUAUUUAAAACAGGAGGCUUUGUAGUCAUGAAAUUUAGAAACACUUCUAGUGCCACAUCUUAAAUAUCACUUUAUAGUCAACUUUUUAUUGCAAUGAAGGUUGUUGGAAUAAAAUUUGACUUAAAAUUCCAGUUUUUUCAUGCAAAUGCUUUUAUCAAAACCCUGUUAUUACAAUUUGCAACUUUUAUUUAACAUUAACAAUUUUAGCUAAUGUUUUUCUUUUUCAUUUAUCCACAUACUUGAAUUUCAUAUUAAAAAAACAAAACUGUGAGAUUUUUUGCAAGACUGGUGCCUGAAAAACACUCUUUUGUCUUUUAAGCAAGUGUGUACAUCUUUAAAAUGUGACAUACAUAUUUACAUACAUAAACAUUUCUAGUGACAAUGUCUAAGUGAAUAGAAUAGAUCGUUCUAUUUUCAGAAACACUGUAUCUCUUGUAAAAAAUAUAACUGAAAAAUACUGUCAUUAAAAGAUAAACCAUGUUUAACAUGGUUCUUUAGUUAAUAAGUCCUAUGAUUUCUUUGCAAUUUAAAUUGCAACACUAGUCAGAAUGGUUACGACUAUAAUUAACCUAAGUGAUUAGUGACAAAUGUUAUUUCAGUGAAUUGAUAACAUAAAUAUUUUUUUAACCAGAAAAUAAACUGCUGGUCCAAACAAUAUAAAGCAAUGUGUUGGUGAUAGAGGCUCCUUCCUAACGUGACUUAUUUAUUCAGAAUAAACGAAUUCAGUCAUGUCGGUUCCUGCCAAUAAUCUAAGUUUAAAGUAGAUGAGGAGGAAGAUUUGGAUGAGGUUUGUUUUUGUUUCUCUUUUUGAAGUCAAACUCUUGCAGGAUGAUAGUAGCUAGCUAUUUUGGUGGACAGAAUUCUCAUACUUAAGGAAAAAAAGCCUACCAUGGUUAUGACCCCCCCCAACUUGUUUGGCUAUUUAUUGGAAUUUCAAUUAUUAUUUUAUGCUUACUAUUGUAUAUACGUUUGCUUAGCACUACCAAUUACCCACAAAACUGGCAAAAUACUAACACCUUCAAAAAGCAUGCAUCAUAUAAAUGCUCAGAAAGUUCUGCUGAAAUGUUUACAUAUGUUCUUUCCAGAAAACUUCCUCUUUCCCCAGCCUCAGAGAAAGUAUUGAGGAAGAACAGUUUGAGUGACUUCCUGAGGUUUUAACAUAGCAAAUCCAAAACAUGUCUCUGGCUCAAACGGCACCACCAUUUAUAUUUUUCACUUGUAGCACUUUAGGUUUAGUAUAGUAGAAAACAAUUUAUCCUGUAAAUGUACCCAAACAUUGUAUUGUUUCACUGAUGUAAGGUGUAUUCUGUAUAGAGCUUAAUGCUGUACUUGGUUGAUUUAUGUUGCCAUCAUGUGUCAGAAAUGUUAUGAUAUUUUGAUUUUUUAUUCUUUCCUUGUAAGAUUUCCUAAAUGUUUUUUUUAAGUUUACUGUAGUUCUCAUGUACCUGAAACUUGGCAUUGCUUUUCCUUCUUUUGAGUGUCCAUAACC